AUCCCGUCAUCGUUACCCAUUGUCGAGACCCAAGCAAACUCGAAUUACACAACUGUAUUAGGGUUUAUAAUCACAUCUGUGUUUGAUUAUUUUCCCUAAGAUUUUCUUAAUUUUCUUUUUUAUCUUUUGUGUAGAUUUAAGACCGAGUCACGAGUUUGAAUCACGAGAUUUUGAGAAAUGAAACGAGAAGAGGAAGAUAAUGCAUUCUUGAGUAGUUUGGGUGUCACAUCUGCAGACCCUGAAGAUAUCGAGCGUGUUGUACUACAACAGGGAAGAAGCAAUGUCGGGGGAAACAGUGAAUCUGGGAGGACUGUGGAUCGCAAAGCUAUUGAUACAGCAGAAGACACCGAACCGUCAUCAUCUCACAGACAUGUUGAAAUCUAUAAUAAGUUGAGGGCGGUAAAUAUUGAAAUAGAUGCUGUCGCAUCAACUGUUGAACAAGUACACUCUGUAAAAAGUGAAGAUUGUGAUCCUGAUGAAGCUACUGGAAAGCAACAUAGUUCUUUUAAUCCUUGGUCCAGUGAUCCAAUUCAGCAAGCUCUAGCUUCUGAUAGGUUAAGAAGCCUCAAGAAGACAAAGACUCAGCUUGAGAAUGAACUCAUCAAAUAUAAGGGCAAAUCUGCUGAAGGUAGUGCUUCUGAGGAGUUUAUACAAGAUGUUGUUAAGGAGGAGCCUAAGCGGAAGAGAAAAGAUCCAAAAUUAAAUGAGAGCCAGAAGAAGCGUAGGAAAGCAGUUUCAUUUGAAGAUGAUGGUGACUUUGAUGCAGUUUUAAAUGCAGCAUCUGCAGGAUUUGUUGAAACUGAAAGGGAUGAAUUAGUUCGUAAAGGAAUUUUAACCCCCUUUCACAUGCUUAAGGGUUUUGAACGUCGUAUUCAAGAAAGAGGGACAUCUGGUGAAAGAGACUUACCUGAGGACGUAGACAAAACAGAUGAUUUUGCUUCUUCUAGCAUAGACAGAGCUGCCCGAUCAAUAUCACAAGCUGCAGAAGCUCGCCCAACAACCAAGCUAUUAGAUCCGGAAUCUCUGCCUAGACUUGAUGCCCCAACUCGUCCUUUCCAAAGGCUUAGAGCACCCCCAAGAAUACCUCGGUCACUUAGAAAUAUGCCUGAAACUGACAAGGACUUUAGAAGAAAGAAAAGGCCUUUAGCUGGAAAAAAAUGGAGAAAAUUAACUUCUCAAGAAGUUUCAAAUCUGGAAAUAAGUGAAGAUUUAAGAACCUCUAGUAAUGAAGAAGAUAACCAAGAGUCCGUAGACGAUGAACCCUCUUUUGUGACGCUUGAAGGUGGUCUAGAUAUUCCAGAGACCAUUUUCACCAAACUUUUUGACUAUCAAAAGGUUGGGGUGCAGUGGCUUUGGGAACUUCAUUGCCAGAAAGUAGGUGGAAUUAUUGGAGAUGAGAUGGGGCUUGGUAAAACCAUCCAAGUCUUAGCUUUUCUUGGAGCAUUGCAUUUUAGUAAUAUGUACAAGCCAAGCAUAGUUGUUUGUCCCGUAACACUCUUGCGUCAAUGGAAGCGUGAAGCCCAAAAAUGGUACCCAGCAUUUCAUGUUGAAAUAUUACAUGAUUCUGCUCAUGACAUUACUGCAAAGAAGAAGCAGGCCGAAUCUGAUGAAAGUGAUUAUGAAAGCGAGUCUGACAUCAGGGUAAAUUCAUCCAGGCGAAAUGACAAAAAAUGGGAUACCUUGAUUAAACGUGUGUUAAAAUCAGAUUCUGGAUUGUUAAUUACCACUUACGAGCAGCUCCGGUUGCUAGGGGGGAAACUUCUCGAUAUUGGCUGGGGUUAUGCAGUUCUGGAUGAAGGCCAUAGAAUCCGGAAUCCAAAUGCUGAUGUCACUUUAGUUUGCAAGCAGCUACGUACUGUUCAUCGUAUAAUAAUGACGGGUGCUCCAAUUCAGAAUAAGUUGUCUGAACUAUGGUCUCUUUUUGACUUUGUUUUCCCUGGAAAAUUGGGUGUGCUACCCAUAUUUGAAGCUGAAUUUGCAGUUCCCAUUUCUGUUGGUGGUUAUGCCAAUGCCUCACCUUUGCAAGUAUCAACUGCUUAUAGAUGCGCUGUUGUUUUACGUGAUAUUAUUUUGCCUUACCUCCUCCGGCGUAUGAAGGCUGAUGUAAAUGCUCAGCUAACGAAGAAAACUGAACAUGUCCUCUUCUGUAGCCUCACUUCAGAGCAGCGGUCCGUGUAUAGAGCAUUCCUUGCUAGUUCUGAGGUUGAGCAGAUCUUUAACGGGAACAGGAAUUCUCUUUAUGGAAUUGAUGUGAUGCGAAAGAUCUGCAACCACCCCGAUCUGCUUGAGAGGGAACAUUCCUACGGGGACCCUGACUAUGGAAAUCCUGAGCGCAGUGGGAAAAUGAAAGUUGUUGCUGAAGUUCUCAAAGUUUGGAAGGAGCAAGGUCAUCGUGUUCUUCUAUUUGCACAAACUCAACAAAUGCUUGACAUUUUGGAAAGUUUUAUGAUUAGUUGUUCCUAUACAUACCGUAGAAUGGAUGGUGUCACUCCUGUUAAACAGAGAAUGACAUUAAUAGAUGAAUUUAACAAUUCAGAUGAGGUCUUCAUCUUCAUUUUAACAACUAGGGUUGGUGGUUUGGGAACAAAUCUUACUGGUGCAAACAGGGUGAUCAUAUUUGACCCUGAUUGGAAUCCUUCAACUGAUAUGCAGGCGAGGGAGCGUGCUUGGCGUAUCGGUCAGACAAAAGAUGUCACAGUUUUCAGAUUGAUUACCCGUGGAACAAUUGAAGAGAAAGUGUAUCACCGGCAGAUUUACAAGCAUUUCCUCACUAACAAAAUAUUAAAGAAUCCGCAGCAGAAAAGGUUCUUUAAAUCCCGUGACAUGAAGGAUCUUUUUGUACUUACUGAUGAUGGAGAGCAUGGCUCUACUGAGACCUCUAGCAUUUUCAGCCAGCUAGCUGAAGAUGUAAAUGUGGUGGGUAAUCAUAAAGACAGCGAACAUGAUGCUAAAUUAAAUAAACCAACAGCAUUUAGUGCAAGCAUUGCUAGUACCGAGAAUGGACAUGACUCGACAAUCAAAUCGUCCAAGAAGGGAAAAGAGAGAGCUGAAAAUAGUGGCAAGGAAACUGAUGUGGAAUCAAAUAUAUUACAAUCUCUCUUUGAUGCUCAUGGGAUUCAUAGUGCGGUGAACCAUGAUCUGAUCAUGAAUGCUAACGAUGAAGAGAAGCUGAAACUAGAGGAACAAGCUUCUCGAGUUGCACAGAGAGCAGCUGAAGCAUUACGCCAGUCAAGGGUGAUUAGAAGUCGAGAGAGUAUAGCUGUUCCUACCUGGACAGGAAGAUCAGGGGCUGCUGGUGCACCAUCAUCUGCUCGUCAAAAGUUUGGCUCCACUGUAAACACUAAGUUAAUUGGUAGUUCUAGGCCUUCUGAAGGAUUGCCUAACAGCGAAGGAAGAAAUUUGAGCUUGGCCGCUGGAGCAGCUACUGGUAAAGCAUUAACUUCUUCGGAAUUACUAGCGAAGAUAAGAGGAAAUCAAGAAAGGGCAAUCGGCGAUGGGAUUGAACAGCAAUUUGGCAUGGCCUCAAGCUCUACCGGGAGUUCUGCAAAUGAUAGAAAAAUGAAGUCAUCAAAUUUGUCUGGGGUACAGCCAGAAGUGUUAAUACGUCAGAUCUGCACAUUUUUACUACAAAGAGGUGGGAGAGCUGUUUCAGCAAGUAUAGUACAGCAUUUCAAGGACAGGAUUCCCUCCAAAGACCUUCCUUUGUUCAAGAAUCUCUUGAAGGAAAUCGCCACUUUGGAGAAAAAUCCUAGCGGAUCUUCUUGGGUUUUGAAGCCCGAGUAUCAAGAGGAACAAUAGUCUCCAUCUUUAAAAAAGAGCUGCUAAAAAUAUUUAUCUACUUAAUUAUUAAAAAGUUCUGCAAAGACUAAAGAGUAGACUUUGGAGUGGCUUUGAAUUUCCAGGCUUACUGAAAUUAUGUAAAUUGUUCCUGCAUUUGAGUUGCAUCAAUUUUGAAUUCAUAGAGCUGCAGCUUUAUAGUUAUUGUAAGUACUAUUUUGUCUUGGCAUUUAGCACGCAGGACCUGGUCAGUGGUCACCUUAAUAGUCUACGGGCAAGUGGUGUCACUGUAUAUAAA